GUAGAGAUUGAGAAGCUUGAUUACAAUUGCAUUCUGCCUUUGUUCUUUGAUGGGCUUUGUGAAACGAAAUUUCCGUAUGAGUUUUUUGCUCGUCAAGGAAUCCAUGACAUGCUGGAACAUGGUGGAGACAAGAUUCUUCCUGUCAUUCCUCGGCUCAUUUUCCCCAUCACAGAUGCACUGAACCUUCGUAACCGACGGGUCAUGUGCACCACACUGAAAAUCCUCCAGCACCUGGUGGUGUCAGCUGACAUGGUGGGGGAGGCCUUGGUGCCCUAUCAUCGACAAAUUCUCCCAGUCCUAAACAUCUUUAAGAAUAUGAAUG